UCAACAAAAGAUACUAGCUUUCUUCUAGUGCUCUUAUACUUCAAUCUCAUAUUUUCAGCUAAUAAAAUUUCUCAUCUUUUUCGCUAUUAUAUUUCUUGAUCAUGAUGUCCACAGAUUUUGGUAAAAAUCGAGUUCACAAAAUAGCAAAAGAUGGGUUGACGGAUUUAAUCCGUUUAAUCGCAGAGAAUCAUGAAGCUGGUCAGCCAUUUUAUGUACUGGAUUUGGCCACAACUGAGAGGCUUAUGGACAAAUGGAACCAUUCUUUUCCAAAUGUAAAGCCUUUCUAUGCUGUCAAGUGCAACUCUGAACCUGCACUUCUUACCAAACUGGCCAAUUUGGGUGCUAAUUUUGAUUGUGCUAGCCGAUUCGAGAUAGACACUGUCUUAAGUCUCGGAAUUAGCCCAAAGCAAAUCAUAUUUGCUAACCCGUGCAAGGCUAUCUCCCACAUCAAGCACGCAGCCAGUGUGGGGGUCAAUCUCACAACCUUCGAUUCCAAGCUCGAAGUUGACAAGAUCAAGAAAUGGCACCCACAAUGCCAUUUGUUACUCCGAAUUAAAGCGCCUAGUGAUAGUGGCUCGUUGCGUCCACUGGGGAAAAAAUUCGGUGUGUUGCCCGAAGAAAUUGACUCCCUCCUGCAUUAUGCUUGUACUGUGGCUGGCCUAAAGGUUGUAGGCGUUUCAUUUCACGUGGGAUCUAUUGCACAGGAUCCCAGCAUUUAUCGUCAGGCGAUCGCCAAUGCCAGGUCCGUGUUUGAUGCCGCUGAUUAUCUUGGAAUUCCUAAAAUGAAAAUUUUGAACAUUGGCGGGGGAUUUAGAUCGACCCCAUUGUUCGAGGAAAUAGCUGGUGUAGUAAAUGAAGCAGUUCAAGAUUAUUUCCCCGAGCCUAAUUUAACAAUAAUUGCAGAGCCAGGACGAUUCUUUCCUGAAACGGCUUUUACUUUAGUCACACAUGUGAUUGGUAAAAGAGUUAGAGGUGAGAAAAUAGAGUACUGGAUUGAUGAAGGGAUUUAUGGAUCAUUUAGGCCAACACUUUACAACAGUUGCUUUGUGGGUAUCAAGCCACUUUCACUGAAGGCAUCAGAAGAAUCUAAUAAAAUAUGUGAAUCGACUAUUUAUGGACCAAGUUGUGACUCCCUUGAUGCAGUAGCCAUCGACAUAAAAUUGCCGGAGCUUCAAUUGGAUGAUUUGAUAGUGUUCUAUAACAUGGGUGCAUACUCAAAAUGUGCAGGAACCAUGUUCAAUGGAUUUGAUAUGUUAUCUACGGCUACCUAUCUUGCUAGCACUAAUUCUUGCUAAAAUUAUAUGUCCGUCAAAGGAAGAAUUGGAGCUAGCUAUCCUCUUUAUUUUCUUAAUUCUCUACAUGCAUGGGCUGUAUGAUCGAAUAAAUCAUUUGUUUUCCCAUUGAUUAGAAGUUUGUCUUUGCUACAGGCGUCCCUAGGGCUGCCAUUUAUAUUUAAUUGUGAUUUUUGAGUACGUUUGAUUGGCAUUUUUGUAAGAAAAGGACACAUAUUUUAUUAAA